CGAAGCACCUGGCAGUGUUCGCCACGUUCUUUGACGUUCUUUGGCGUGGCCGCCAUGGCAGACCCACUGGCGGCCACCAAAGAGAUGCUGCGCCUGUCUCCGCGGGACCAGCGAUGGCAUGAGAGUACUGACGAGAUGGCCUCGCUGAUCCAGGAGGAUGAGACGAUGUCGCCCUGCUUUGAGGGAAUGACCUCCACGGAGGUCUCCAGCAUUUUGAUGCGCACCCUGUGUCCCGCCUCCCUCACCUUUCGCGAACGCCUGGCCCGUGCGAUUCCUGCCAAAGACGUGGGCGCUCCUGGCGUUCCGCUGGACUGGUCCCGACUGGCGGCGGCCGAAACGACCGAAGCCUUGGCGGAGGAGGCGGCAAGCAAAGUGGAGAUCAACAGCGGUGGAUAUGUUUUCUUUGGCCUCCUCAGCUCCACUUUCGGCCUCGAAGAAGCCGUGGUGCUGAAGUUCUGCAACAAUCGCUACCUGCUGCAGUCGGAGCAGAUGGCCGCAGAGCUUGCACGACACCUGGGAGUCCCCGGCCCCGCGUCGCGGAUCCUGCUGAAGCAGCACGACGUCGCGGAGUGGCAGGAGCUGACGCAAGCUGCGGCCAAGAAGUGCCCGGCACUGCUGGAGAUGUUGGAGAAGAAGGUGUCCAUGCUGUUGCUUCAAUAUGUUCCCGGCAAAAGCUUGGACCAUGAGGAGGAGGCUUUUCUGCCACCGAACCUUCCCUCUGCAUGCAAGGCCUUGGGAAAGUUGUUCACCUUAGAUUCUGGCUGCUGAUGUGGUAUGUGUG